AUGUCAGGAGAGAUCAUCCCCGGCGAGUGGCUCGUCACCCUCAAGCCCUAUGCCAACGAGUCCAUCGAUUCGGAGCACGCCUCCCUGCUGAGCACGCGCACCGCCGACCCGGACACGCACUUCAACUGCGAUGUGCAGUGCCACUUUGCCCUGCCCGAGCUGCGCGGCUACAGCGCAAAGUUCGACGACGCCACGCGCGCCGAGGUCGAGGCCCUGCCCGAGGUCCAGGCCGUCGAGCCGCUGCAGGUAUACCGCCACUGCGCCGCCGCCGGCGCGACGGCCGUGCAGUCCAACGCGCCCUGGGGCCUGGCGCGCAUCUCGCAGCGGGGCCGCGUGGCGCCCGCGGGACCGUGGGAGUACAAGUACGACGCCAACGCCGGCGCCGGCACCGUGGCGUACAUCCUCGACACGGGCAUCCGCGACACGCACGAGGAAUUCGAGGGCCGGGCGUCCAAGGGCCCGACAUUCUCGCAGGGGCGGCCGGCGAGCGACGAGGACCGCGACGGCCACGGCACCCACGUCGCCGGCACCAUUGGCGGCAAGACGUACGGCGUGGCGAAGAAGGCCGAGCUCGUGGGCGUCAAGGUCUUCAACGACGACCCGCAGCCUGGCGCGACCAAUGCCGAUAUCAUCAGGGCGCUCGAGUGGGUCGUGGACCAGGUCAAGUCGCAUGGCAAGCCUUCGGUCGUCAACAUGAGCCUUGGCGGCGGCGCUUCGGCGGCGCUUGAUGCGGCGGUGGCUUCGACUGUCAGGGUUGGUAUCGUGGUCGUUGUCGCGGCUGGCAACGAUGGCCGACUUGCUGAUCGCGGGUCACCGGCUCGCGAGCCCCUGGCCAUUACCGUUGGAGCGUCCGACGUCAAGGAUGCCGGGGCGAUUUUCACGAGCUCGGGCAAGGUUGUCGACAUCUUCGCGCCUGGCGUAGAUAUCAAGUCUUCGUGGAACACUGGCGACGAUGCCGUUGAAUCUCUCGACGGGACAUCGAUGGCGUCUCCCCACGUUGCGGGCGCCGUCUGUUACCUCUUGAGCCAGAAGAGGGUGGAGCCCCUCCUCGUGAUGCCACAGCUGCUGGGCUGGGCGGACAAGAACAAACUGACAGGGCUGAAAGACCGGACCAUUGACGCGCUGCUCGUAGUGUCAGACAAUUAA